UAAAAACACUGCCAGCUCCACUCUGACACUUACUCUGUGGUGAAUGCACCCGCUGUCAUCACAGAGAGGCGUUGGACAACUCGCCACACUCUUCCCUUCCACGUUUGUCGGCUCAUCUCCACAAGUGAGUGCGUGAAAGAUGAUGAGGCCAAAAGAUCUACGCCAGGGCUCUGGCACCAAAACCUUUCUGGAUGCAAUGCACGGAGGUAAAGUCCACCUGGCGCGCUUCAUCCUGGAUGCCUUAGAUGGACGGAUAAUCAACUCAAAGACAGAGAACAGUCGCACCCCGCUCAUGUAUGCUGUCUGUCUGCAAGACCCCGGGACUAGAACCAAGUUCACACAUCUGCUGCUGGAGAAAGGGGCAGACGUCAACUGUCAGGAUGAGGAUGGGCGCACAGCCCUGAGCCACGCCUGCGAGAUGGGCCACUUGGAUGUCAUCAAACUUCUGGUGCAGUUCAAUGCCGACCCGGACAUCUCUGAUGCGUGGGGAAACAGUGCCCUUAUGUAUGCUGCUUUUUCUGGGCAAAGUCAGGUCCUGGAGUUCCUGGUGAGAGCUUUCAAAAGACUGGGAUUGAGGUUAGACUGCACCAACAGUGCUGGUCACUCAGCCAAAGAGAUUGCUAACUUUUUCGGGCACAAUCAGUGCGUCCAGAUUUUGAAUUUUCCCUGCAGAAAGGGUGUUCACAAAGAGGAUCCACUUGUUGAUGUGGUAAAGGCUGUAGAAGUAGAGCGGCAGCUGCCCAAUAGGCUCCCCAGGCAUGUUCUCGAGAGGUUUUCCAAGCAAUCAAUGGAUGAACAGCAACUGCCAGAUGUGUUUCAGAGACAGACGAAACCUGGAGAAAGCAGCGGACUGUGGAAUCGUUUCAGGUGUCCCAGGAGUCAGUCUCAAGAGGAUAAUCACUGCAACAGCUGGAUUUUGCCUCCUCACAUAGAGAAAAGCCAGACUGAGAGGGAUCACUCCAUUCUCUUUACAGCCACACAACUGCAAAAGUGCCAGCUUAGAGAGCUGAAGGGGUCGAAAGUAAUGCACUCUGUUGGUGAGCGAAGCCAGAAAGAUGUCAGCCAAGACAUUUGGCUUCCAGAGCAAAAACAGGAGAGUUUUCCUCUCUGGGGAAAGGCAAAGUCAUUUAACCUGGACCUUGUGAGCAGCAGAAAGCAGUCCUAUCAGGGUGAUGUGCGUGACACGAGCCUGUCAGCCAGCAAAUUAAAGAGAGCCUCCCUACAGGAUGAGCGAUGCCUGAUAGACAAGAUCGAAUGUCAAGGGAAAUCUCGGGCCUUGAUAAAUGAGGGCAGCAAAAUUGCUUCAGUACCAAAACCUCGUUUAAACAGCAAGGGUCAGUCUGGGAAAGCAAUCCAGGAGAAAGUCAAGUCACAACAUGAAGAAGCUAACGACAUGUCUCUGUCGAGCCGAAGAGGGCAACAGAAGAGGGGAAGCCUCGGCUCAGUUUCCAGACACAACAAACUCCUUUUCCCCAGGGAGGAGAUAGAGCCGGAGAGGAUCCCGAGCCGGGCCCCGGGGUUCAUGGGCCUGGGGACCAGACUGCUGCGUCGGUUCACCGCUCCAGAGUUUAUGAGGCUGGUGAUCGACUGUUCGUCUGGCUCCUCAAACGGAAGAGGUCGUAUGUCCCGCUCCGAAACCUACCCUCUGUCUCACACACACCAACAGGUCAACAGCCAGCCGAGCGUUGACAGCAUCAGUGCUGUAAAGUGUGAGUUUGAAAGUUGCUCGUCUCACUCUACCCUCGAUUAGAUAAAGAACAAUUUCCAACAAAAGAUAGCCUGGUUGUGUCGUUUUUUUAUUGCACUUGAAUUCUGACAUUUUCAAUUUUUGGAUAUGUGAUGUUUCUUCUUAAGAAAAAAAAUGAUUUGUUUUUGUUGCAAUCUGUUUUUGCAAGAUUUAUAUAUGAAUAUAAAAAGGCUUAAUAUUAAUUGCUCAUUUGCAGCAGAUUUGAUGCUACUAUAUAUUAAAAAAUUAACCAUUAAUUUAUAGAUUUAAUGCUUUUUUUCUUUUUGGAUUUAUAUCACAUGGACCUAAAUGCAUUAAAAGAUUGCUUUUGUAUUUUCAAUAAAAUUUGUAUUUUGCUUUAGAACAAUUUGUGACUGUGCAAAAAUGCUGAAAACCUAAUAAAACAGUAAUCUCUUGGA